AGGUAUAUUUCUGAGGGUCACACUGCAUUACUAGGCAUUUUUGAUAUCGUUUGGAAAAAAAAUACGAAAAGUCGUCAAUUUAAUUGAAUAAAUUGCAAAUUAAACGUGCUAAAACAUGACUAACGCUGCAGAUAUUGGCACUCAGGAUGUUGAGAUGGAGGUUGAUCCUCCAACGACCGAAGUAUCACUGGCGGACGAAAAGAAAAACCAAGAUGUGGCCGCUGUCCAAGAAAUACGCGAGCAAAUACGCCAAAUCGAAAAGAGUGUCGCUUCGAAGGAGUCGCGAUUCAUCUUGCGCGUACUGAGAAAUUUGCCCAACACCCGACGCAAGCUGAACGGCGUUGUGUUCCGCAAUCUGUCGCAGAGCAUCUACCCAGCUGGCGCGGAUCGCGAAGCUGCACUGGCUCUGAUGCCCGCUGUCGAGAAGGACGCCACCGAGCUGCCUGAUGUGGGUAAAAAACUGGUGGCUACCAAGGCACCGAUAGCCGAGGUGGAUGCCUACUUCUAUCUGCUGCUGCUGGUCAAAUUGAUUGACGCCAACGAUUUGAAACGCGCCGGUACGUGUGCCGAUGCCUUGAUGGCCAAAAUAUCCAUCCAGAACCGUCGCACCCUGGACCUGAUCGGGGCCAAGUCCUAUUUCUACUUUUCGCGAGUUGCUGAGCUCAACAACGCCUUGGAGGGCAUUCGCGCCUUCCUGCACGCCCGCCUGCGUACCGCCACACUGCGCAACGACUUCGAGGGUCAGGCAGUGCUAAUUAAUUGCCUGCUCAGAAACUAUCUGCACUAUGCCCUGUACGACCAGGCUGACAAGUUGGUGAAGAAGUCCGUCUACCCCGAGUCGGCCAGCAACAAUGAAUGGGCCCGUUUCCUCUACUAUCUGGGUCGCAUCAAGGCCGCUAAGUUGGAGUACAGUGACGCACACAAGCAUCUGGUCCAGGCCCUGCGCAAAUCGCCCCAGCAUGCGGCCAUCGGAUUCCGCCAGACCGUGCAGAAGCUGAUUAUUGUGGUGGAACUGUUGCUGGGCAACAUUCCCGAGCGCGUUGUGUUCCGCCAGGCGGGACUACGACAGUCGCUUGGUGCAUACUUCCAGCUCACUCAGGCUGUGCGUUUGGGCAACCUGAAACGCUUCGGUGACGUCGUGUCGCAGUACGGACCCAAGUUCCAGCUGGAUCACACAUUCACACUGAUCAUCCGCUUGCGUCAUAAUGUGAUCAAGACUGCCAUCCGUUCGAUUGGUCUCUCGUACUCGCGAAUCUCGCCCCAGGAUAUCGCCAGGCGCUUGAUGCUGGACUCGUCCGAGGAUGCCGAGUUUAUUGUGUCCAAGGCCAUACGCGACGGUGUAAUUGAGGCCACCCUGGAUCCCGCACAGAACUACAUGCGCAGCAAGGAGAGCACCGACAUUUACAGCACACGCGAGCCCCAGUUGGCCUUCCACGAGCGCAUCUCGUUUUGCCUGAAUCUACACAAUCAGAGCGUCAAGGCUAUGCGCUAUCCGCCCAAGUCGUACGGCAAGGAUCUGGAGAGUGCAGAGGAGAGACGCGAGCGUGAGCAGCAGGACCUGGAAUUGGCCAAGGAGAUGGCUGAAGAUGAUGAGGAUGGUUUCUAAGCUUCUGCAGUUUCUUUGUACUUGUAUUCAUUUUUCAUAGAAAUAUAACCAGCAAUUAAAUAAGAGUAAAAA